CCCUCAUUCCUUGACAUCCUUGGAUGUCAGAUAUCAGAAAAACUUCUGAUAAACAGAAAAGGACUUCUGAUAAGCAAAGCUGGGCUGGAUUGAAAAUUUGUGGCAGAGAGCUGGACCCUCGUCAUACCCACGCACUUUGUCACUGAGAUAGGGUAACCCAUGGUUACUGAGCUCAGCUCAGUUAAGGGACGGAGUGCCUCCCCUCCUCAUUCCUCUAUAAAAGAGACCUGUCAAAGAAACCCUACCAGUUCCAAGCAACCAGCUCAGAGGGAAGUGAAGGAGAAACUGAGCCCCGACCUUGUGAGAAGGGUGGCAGCUUAUGCGGUCCAGAAUGUCUCCUACCUUCAAACUUCAGUGUCACUUCAUCCUGAUCUUUCUGGGAGCUCUUCGGGGAGAGACCAGAUACCUGGAGCUGCGGGAGGUUGCAGAAGCCGAUCCUUUGUUGCUCUUCAACACGGAUCUGAAGCGGGAGCUGUCCGAGGAACAGCUCUAUCAUCGCUCGCUGAGAUGCAUAGACAUGCUGAGCAUUGAGGGCCAAUUCACCUUCACCGCCGAGCAGCCCCAGUUGCAAUGCGCCGCCUUCUUCAUCGGGGAGCCGGAGGAGGUCAUCUCCAUCCAAUAUGACCUGGUCAGCGUUGAUUGCCAAGGUGGAGACUUUCUGAAGGUGUUUGAUGGUUGGAUUCUUAAAGGGGAGAAAUUUCCCAGUUCCCAGGAUCAUCCUCUUCCUAUGUCUGACCGGUACAUAGAUUUCUGUGAAAGUGAAAAUAUCAGAACUUUUAGCUCAUCACAGAAUGUGGCUAUGAUCUUCUUUCGGAUUCAUGAGCCAGGCAACGGAUUUACAAUAACCGUUAAGAAAAACCCUAACCUCUUCCCUUGCAAUGUCAUCUCUCAGACCCCCAAUGGAAGAUUUACCAUGGUCAUUCCUCAUCAGCACAGAAACUGCAGUUUCUCUAUCAUUUAUCCAGUGGUUAUAAAAAUAUCAGAUCUCAUAUUGGGGCACUUAAAUGGUCUUCAGUUAAAGAAACCUUCUGUAGGUUGUGGAGGAAUAGGAGAUUUUGUGGAGCUACUAGGAGGAACUGGAUUGGACCCUUCCAAGAUGAUGCCUUUUGCUGAUCUAUGUUAUCCUUUUCAUGGUCCUGCCCAGUUGACAAUCGGCUGUGAUAACACUGUAGUGCGUAUGGUCUCCAGUGGGAAACACGUCAAUCGUGUGACAUUUGAGUAUCAUCAGCUUGAGCCCUAUGACCUGGGAAGUCCCAGUGGAAACAGCAUUAAGGAAUACUGCUUCCCCAGCAUCUGAAUUGCCAGGCGGAGAUUCCAUAUUGCUAAUGAAAUGAGGUUUUACUGAAUGUACAAUGCACUUCUAAGUCUGAUAAGCUGGAAUCAUUGAACCUUUCUACUCUCUGGCACUAGAUGUUUCAUACCAGUCAGUAUUACCAGCCUCAUGCUGGGAAUAAAAUCACUGCAAUCAUUUUUAUAUUUUCCUUUGUUCCUUUGGGGUUUACAAUGUGUAAGUGGGCACAAGGCAGAAAAUAGGCAUAUUCUUUGCCAGGAUAAGUAAAUAUCCAGAUGGAAAUGCUUGCUAUUCCUUCAGAGCCAGAUGAAAUUGAACAGAUCAUGUGGGCAAAACAACUGAAAGACGGGGCAUGUGACAUUAUGAUCUUUUCACACUAGGUGAAAUUUCCAAAGGAAGAUCCAAUGGUGGCAUGUGCCUCCUCUGGUUUGUAAAAGAAAGUCCAAUGUUUUUAUGUAUGGAAAAACAGUUGCUUCUGUUUUAUUUAUUAUACCACACUCUCAUUUAUUUAUUUAUUUGUAAUGACUUGUUUUUAAUAAAACUUUGUAGCAUGGAAAUAUUUUACUUCUGCAAGUUCAAACAUGAAUAAAAUACAUUUAAAGUGUUGGCACAA